AUGACAAUUAAAAUAGCUAACCUUACUUUACAGAAAACAAAAACUCUAUUUUUCAAAGAAAAAUGUACGCAAUUACGAAAAUUUAGUAUCAGAGCGCCUUAUAAUGUAUUGUUUUUCGGUUCUGACGUCAUUGGACUUAAUAGCUUACGUAAAAUUAAUCAUUUAAGAAAAAGUGAAACGAUAAUCAAACGGUUAGAUCUAGUUACAGCUAAUAGCUCAAAAAAUAAGAGUAUUAUUGAGAAGUUUGCUGAAAAAGAAGAUAUAAGAGUACUGACCUGGCCCAACCUUAACAUCCAUGAAGCUGAAUAUGAUGUUGGUUUAAUAGUGGCCUUUGGACAUUUAAUCAAGAAGGAUCUUCUUCACAAAUUUCCAUUAGGCAUGGUGAAUGUACAUCCGAGUUUAUUACCAAGAUGGAGAGGUGCUGCACCAAUUAUUCACACACUAUUACAUGGAGAUGAAGUUACAGGUGUAUCUUUAAUGAAAAUUAAAGCUGAUAAAUUUGAUGUAGGUGAGAUAAUAAGUCAAAAAACUGUUCCAGUCCCUGAAGAUAUAUUAUUACCAGAUCUGACACAGCAGCUUUCUGAUAUUGGUGCUGAGAUGCUUGUAGAUUGUUUAAGAACAUUGCCAGAUAGUCUAGAAAAUCUGCAGCCACAACGCAGUGAAGGUGUUACUUAUGCCAAAAAAAUCAACAAAAAUAUAAGUGAAGUAAAAUGGUCAGAGAUGACAGCAACUCAGGUCUACAACCUAUAUAGAGCCACAUAUAGCCUUCAUCCACUAAAAACAACAUUUAAGGGCAAGCCGAUGAAAUUAUUCAACGCCUUUCUUAUUCACAACCAAACAGAGUAUGAAAAAAAACCAAUUGGAUCUCUAGAAUAUUGUAAAAACACAGAUGCAAUACGAAUAUUAUGUAAAGAUAAUAAAUAUGUGUACUUUAAAUCUCUUAGGAUUUUAGGCAAAAGAGAGAUCACUGCUUUAGAUUUUUAUAAUGGAUAUAUAAAAAAUGUUUCUUUAGAUAAAAGAAAAUUUGUUGUUAGUAGUACAUAUUAA